AUGCUCGCCUCCUUUCUCUCAAAAGAAAUAGGGGAACGAGUUACUCCUGGCUUGUCCACCCGCUACGUCUUACCAACCCCUCCUCCAUGGGAGGAAGGAGUUCGCGAGUUGCUCAGAACCACCCAUAACUGGGAUACAAUUCGACACAUCUGCCAGCUCCCUUUUCGAGAUCUAAAUACACCUCAAGUUACAUUAUUGGACCGGUGGGAUUCUGGAUUAGAUUCCUUUUUGAUAUCCUUUGCUGCCGGAGCUCAAUCCAACGAAAUCCUCGAGUGGACCAGAGAUCGCAAGGCCAGGGAGCUUUUCAGGCUGCUACAACCAGUCAGGGGGGCAGCUGUUUGGAUGUGGUCUUGGACACCACCAAAUUUUGCUUUCCAAGAUCCUUGUGCGAUCGCGGACGAAUUGCAUAAUGUUGUCUACGCAGCUGUACACAGGGUCACUUUCCAAGAGUGGGUGAGCUACUUGUAUGGACAUGAAGAGCAUGCCGUUACAAGCUUGUUAUGUGGAGUUUGGAAUACACGCGAAAUCCUUCAUAGAAGGCUAUCUCACCGGGUGAGGAAUAAGUACAUUGAGGUUGAGGAGGUGAGUCUCUGUGACAGGACUCUCUGUAACCAGCUGCUAAUGAUAUCAUCAGGAACUGCACUCUCGACACCCUCUGGCACACUGGAUUCUUGCCAGCGGCCUACAGUUCAGCUCCCCCCAGCCCCAAGAUGCCCUUAAUCAUCUCUUCCGUCCCAUUUUGGACCUAUUUGCAAGUAAGGACCCGGCUUGUAUAGUCAAUCGAUUUGCUGUUCUAGAUAUCCGGUUUACCCUCAUGGCUGAAGAGGAAGGCAAUUGGAGUAAACUUUCCACGAACUUUUCCUUUCUCGAAGGCAUCACUUGCAAUAAGCUAAUGGAGUUGGCCGAGUCAAUCACGGAUACCGAGAGCGAGCUCUUUCGCCACUUUUCAGUCGAUGAUUUCCUCCAAUAUCGCGAGGAAACCCGCUUUACGUAUGCCAAGCAAUGGUCAGCGUUAAGUGAUGAUGUCUUCGCAUGUCUUACUGCAGACCGUAGCUUAGUCGGGCGUGUUACGAAGGUUGUAAAGGCAAGUGAAACUCUUCCUCUUUACCUGUUUUAACCAAGUCUAAUACUUUCCAGCAUCUUCGUCUCUUGCGGAACCAAAGCUCUUUGAUAGCAGUGCUUGAUGGCAUCCGAAGGUCAAAAAUUCCUCCUAUAGAGCUAUCCGAGAUAUCGAAAUUGUUUAGACUCGUCGACUCGCACAACAACUAUGCCUUCUACCGGAAACAGUCAUCCAAGGAGUCCAACCCCGUGCUUCCGUUCUUACUUCCUUAUUUUCAAGCAAGUACAAUGAAUCCUGUCAGCGGCCUGAAUGAAUUCUUUCAAUUUGUGCCAUACUUUGGGUGGAGACAACGGCGUGGCAGAUUGGUCGAAGGGGAAAGCGACCUGUCACAGAUAGUACGAGGAGACUUCGGCAUUGAAGAGGUUUGAACCACAUUGUAUAACGCGUUUACGAUAGCAUCAGCUAUGCUUGUCCGUCUAUAUCAUCGAUGUAUAUUCAGAUAUAGAACGCAGCAUCCCGAUAUCGAGCAAUGCUUGCAAGUUCCCAAGUCCUCGGACUCUCUCCAAUCGACUUCUUCUAGAAUCCGGCUUCUACGUUCUUCUCUUCCGAAAAUCCGUGACGGUCAAAGGGGGAAGGUUAAACCAGCGGAGUUGCAGGAAAAGAUUGGCGCCUGGUGGGGCAAGCCCUCGAAUAUUCACAAACGGGUUUUACGGGAGCCUCGAUUACGACGCAAUCAAGCGUAUUGCUGCAACUGCGACAGGAAACGCAAAUACGUCUGUAGAGAUGUGUGCCCAUGUCAACACGUUCGCAAGGGGUGCGACGCUUGCUUGCAAAGGCUAAAUUUAGCAACAGAACCAUUGAAUCCAGGAAAAAUCGUCGCCCUCGACCAGUCCCAGGUUUCUCAAUCAAAUACUGAAAGAAUUAGAGCAAGUCUCGCCUUAAAGAGCCUGUUGAUACAUACCUCAGUAUCGUUCUCGGAGAUCUUCGGCGUUAUCGAUCAGCUUUCAUCUGAGGAAUGUCGGCUUUUGUCGUGUACACGGGAACAAUUUUCACAGAAAGAGUUCUUCUAUCGCUUCGCAGUAGGAGGAACAGGGGCUGAAGAUGAGGAUAUGAGAAAGUUAGGGGCUCUGUACAACCCAGGCCUGACCGUGGAAGAGCUCUGCAAGCUUUGGAAUUGCCUCAUUGUAAGUUGACCUGAACACAAGAUACGAUAUCAAACUAAUUUCCUACUAAGAAGAAUAUUAAGUCAAAGGUGAAGUUCCUACCCGGGGAUACUUGGGAAGCACAGAUAUUUCUCCAUCGAACAGGUAAGUGCUUCUAUGACAAUUUUCCCCUACAAAAUAAGUAACUAUAGGCAGAUCCCCACCCUAAUCAUCGAGGAGCAAGGUAUGACUUCUUAGACCGAAAGUCUUCUACCUGAAUAUCGGCUACUCUUGUGUAUUAUGUUCUAGACAUUCCCAAAGCUUGGGGAGCUGUAUGAUGUGUACUUUAAGAGGAGAGAACCUAAGUUACAUCAAUGGGAAAAUGUACAGAGGCAGUAUCUUGUGUGAAAGCGGCUGAGAUACGCUUGACCUUGGAGAAAAUACUAGGUCUGGUGUAUUGGUUAAGGAUGAUGAAAGAGGUCGCGACUGACAUGGGUUCUUUAAGGACGUGACCAAAAAUAAG